GACACCGGCGGUCGUGUACAGCGCCUUCGGCGCGGAGGGUCCGACGCCGCUCACGUUUCUCCGGAUCGAUCUUGCCGGGCGGGAGGUGCGCGGAUUAGUGGACUCCGGAUCGAGUCGCACGUUCGUCGGUCCCGAAAUAAUCGGGUGGCUCCGAGCGGCGGGAUGGAGCUUCGCCCCGACCACGGGGCAACGCGUGACCAUGAUGUAAAGAUACAAGGUGUAACGUUCCGAUGGAUGCGCAGUCGUUCUUUUUCUUGGACCAAUCAGAAUGUGUCCAAGAUGCAAAAACCAAUAUGGCCCCUGCCUUUGUGAAAGCUGACAGGAGUGAUAGGUUACGUUAGCCGCUGCACGCUUUUCGUAGAAGAUUUUAUUUAUAAUAAAAGUCAUGCCAACGUGUUGCGUGAAAAAUUGUAAGAGUCAUACAAAUAAUAUGUUUCUUACAAAAGAUAUCAAACAUUUUAGUUUUCCCAAAGAAAUAGCUAUUCGUCAGCAAUGGCUUAAUGCUUGCCAAAGAAAAGAAACCGAGAUCAAAGUCGAUUCGGCAAGGAUAUGCAGUAUCCACUUUGAAGAGAAUUGUUUUAUACUGGAGAAGACACAACCCCGAUCAAAAAGUAAACCAGCAAAGGAAGUUUUAAGAUUGAAAAACGGAUGUAUCCCAACAAAAAUAUUAAAUUUAGAAAAAAAAGAAAAGUACAAUAUCGCAGAGCAAGAAAGAUGAUAAAAAAAUUAAAGUACCGUAAGUAGCAAACUUGGAGAAGGUGGAUCGCCAGUGGGUGAAGAA